GCAUUCUUAUCAUGAUCCUCUUUCUUUUCACCUGUACAUUCUUUCCUAUACCUCAUCGUGAGAACCUGUUUCAAAGGAUAUCCUCUUUGCAUCUUUUUUUGUAUAUAUAUAGAUACUAUUGAAAAUGUUACGACUGAACUUCAUGAGCCCUCGUCUUAGGGCAAUUCAAAGGCCUUUUCUCGUUGGUAUGCGUCUGCAAGGAUUCAGCAAGAUGAGCGGGAAGAUGAGUGAUAUAAAGCAGCUUAGAAUUGAAAACAGUGCUUCUAUAGAGAUUAUAAAACAAGCUGUCGAAGAAGCAGGAGUUGGGAACCUUGAAAAAGCAAGAGAAAUUCUCUCAAAAAAAAUUCAACAACGCGGUGGAAAAAUUGCAGAGAAAACGAAAGAUCGUGUUGCUAAACAAGGAUGGAUAUCUCAAUGUGUUUCAGCUGAUAGAAAGAAAGCGAUUAUGGUCGAGGUAAAUUGUGAAUCUGAUUUCGUGAGUCAAACAGCAUCUUUCCAAGAAUUCUCUCGAACUAUUGCAUCUUGUCUUCUUCAUCACGUUCCCUCGAAUGAAAGUCGCAUCUUUUUAAAUGAGUCCACUUGCAAGGAUAUGUUUAAAGACAAGACAUUGACGUUCCCUCCAGGCUCUGCUGCUCCGGAUAGCAGCAAUGGAAAUCUAAGUGAUUAUUUGGUAAAAGCAGCGUCUUUAACUGGUGAAAAGGUGAACAUUAACAGAGUACUUGGCUUCAACGCCUUACAAUCCAAUUCAUGUAUCGGCAUCUAUGCCCAUGGAGCUACAACAUCUUCUUCUUCUACACAACUCGGACGAAUUGCUUCCAUGAUACUCAUUCAAAAAGAAUCAAGUGAUUGUUCAGAAAUAGCCGACUUGCUUGCAAAAGAAAUUGUCGCUCAAGCACCAGACUCGACGGAUGAAUUUCUAUCUUUGCCUUCCAUCUCAAAGUCUUCAAAGACAAUUCAGGGUUUAUUAGAAGGUGGCAGUAUUUUAGACUGGAUCCGUUGGGAGCGCGGUGCUUUUGAAUAACCUGCUCAAGUUUUUGUUUUACAUACAUUCAAUUUUUUGCCUAUCUCUCCUCACCCUUAUGAAUAAUCGCAGCUACUAGCUUUACAGCAUUUUCUUCUUUUUUUUAAUAAUAUAGUCUUUCAAUAUUAUCAAUUAUGGCCAACCUAAUAAACCCAUGUAUUUUUUUUUUACCUGACUAUUGCACUUAUACUUAUAUAAUAACCAUAAAUCCAAAC